ACAAUUUAAAAAUGAAGAAAGUAAAGUGUGAAGAUGCAAGCAUCAUUUGACGACUAAACGUCUGCGACUACUUAAAGACUUUUCCUCUGAUGGCCAAUUUGGCAACUCGACGACCAAACCUGCAGUUAAUAAUUUAACAAGUUUUUAUUCUGCUCCAAAAAUGGAAAAUUUCCAAAUUUGGAUGUUACAACAGAAACAAAAUAUAGCAGCAGCAUUUAUUUAGCUUUCAAAGAAUGAAGGCAACAUCAAACGAAGGUUUUAAACUCUUCUUCCUCCUCUGUUUAUUUUCUAUUUAUCAAAUUUUAGGUGCUACAGAUACUAUAACAACAACUCAAUUUCUCAAAGAUGGGGAACUCAAUAUUAGUUCAUCUGGUGGAAGUUUCGAAAUGGGGUUCUUCAGUCCAGGUAAUUCUAAGUUUCGGUAUUUUGGUAUUUGGUAUAAGAAUAUUUCUGUUACUACAGUUGUGUGGGUUGCCAAUAGAGAAGCUCCUUUAAGUAAUACAUCAGGUACAGUAAAAGUUAUUAAGCCAGGAGUAAUUGUAAUAGUUAAUGAGACUAACCACAUCGUAUGGUCAACUAAUACCUCAAGAUCUGUGCAAAAUCCUAUUGCAAAGUUGCUUAAUUCUGGAAAUCUUGUUGUUAAAGAAGCUGAUGUUGAUGAUGAUAAAGUUGGAAGUUUUCUUUGGCAGAGUUUUGAUUAUCCUACUGAUACCCUUUUACCUGGUAUGAAAAUUGGGUUUAAUUUUGUAACUGGUAAAGAAAUAUACUUGUCAUCUUGGAAAAAUGAGGAGGAUCCUGCUCCGGGUGAUUAUACAUAUCAUUGUGAUCCUUCUGGUUAUCCACAAAAUAUUUUGAAGAAAGGGUCAAAUGUUAUUUACAAGUCUGGACCAUGGAAUGGAUUAAGGUUUAGUGGGGCAACAAACUCAAGAGAAAGUCAAUUUUAUACAUUUGGUGUGUUUUCAACUAAGAAAGAGGUGUAUUUUAGUUAUCAGCUUUUAGCUUCAGUUGUUACAAGGUUUACAUUGAAUCAGAAUGGUGCAGUGCAACGUUGGACUUGGGGCGAUAGGAAUAAAUGUUGGGCACUUUACCUUUCACUACCAACAGAUAAUUGUGAUACUUAUAGGUUAUGUGGUGGAUAUGGUAGUUGUAACAGUCUGAAUUCUCCGGUGUGUGGAUGUUUAGAUAAGUUUAUGCCUAAAAUUCCUGAAGAUUGGAAGAAAGCGGAUUGGUCAAGUGGGUGUGUUAGGAGUACUGAACUGAAUUGCCUCAAGGGAGAUGUGUUUUUGAAGUAUUCGAAACUCAAGUUACCAGACACACUGAAUUCGUGGUUCAAUGCGAGUAUGAACCUUGAGGAGUGUAAGAAUAUUUGCUUGAAGAACUGCUCUUGUAUGGCUUACUCGAAUCUUGACAUACGCAAUGGAGGAAGUGGCUGCUUACUUUGGUUUGAAGAUCUGCUUGACAUUCGACAGCUAGCCAACGAAGGGCAAGAUAUCUACAUUAGAAUGGCUGCUUCUGAAUUAGCUAAUCAGGAUAAAUCAAAUGGACACAAAGGAAAACUUCUUGCCUGGAUUGUCCCAUUAUCAGCUGGUACGGUUCUGAUAUUCCUAAGCCUAGUGUUCUUCCUCAGAAGAAGGAAGCGAGCUUCAGAGAAAAAGAAAGGAUUUUGGGGGUGCAAUGGCAAUUACAAGAUGGAUUACCACAAUGGAAACCGCAGUGAAGAAUUUGAGUUACCACUGUUUGACUUAUCUACGAUAGCUAAAUCUACGAACAACUUUUCAGAGGAGAGCAAAAUAGGAGAGGGUGGCUAUGGACCUGUUUACAAGGGCAUGCUUGAACAAGGACAGGAAAUAGCUGUGAAGCGGCUAUCUAAGACUUCCACACAAGGACAAGACGAGUUCAAGAAUGAAGUGAUGUAUAUAGUGAAACUUCAGCAUAGAAAUCUGGUGAAGAUUCUUGGAUGCUGCAUUGAAGGAGAAGAAAAAAUGUUGAUCUAUGAGUACAUGCCAAAUGGAAGUCUUGAUUCAUUUAUAUUCGAUGACACAGGAAGCAGGGUGUUAGACUGGCCUAAGCGCUUUCACAUCAUCAACGGGAUAGCUCGGGGGCUUAUGUAUCUGCAUCAAGAUUCUCAGUUGAGGAUCAUUCACAGGGACCUGAAAGCUAACAAUAUUUUACUAGACAAUGACAUGAAUCCAAAGAUAUCAGACUUUGGCAUAGCAAAAAGUUGUGAAGACGAUAAGUUUGGAGCCAAGACACACCGAGUAGUUGGAACAUAUGGCUACCUCUCACCGGAGUAUGCUGUGCAUGGGGUCUACUCAGUAAAGUCAGAUGUAUUUAGCUAUGGUGUCUUAGUGCUGGAAAUUGUGAGUGGGAAAGGGAACAGAAGAUUCUCUCAUCCGGACCAUAACCUUAACCUCCUUGGACACGCUUGGAAACUCUAUAAAGAAGGUAGAUCAAUGGAAUUACUGGGGGAUUUCCCAAUUGAUGUUCGUUCUACACCUGAAGUAAUACGAUCAAUCCAUGUUGGUCUAUUAUGCGUACAACACUGUCCAGAAGAUCGUCCAAGUAUGUCUUCUGUGUUGAUGAUGUUAAACAAUGAAGGUGAACUGCCACCGCCUAAACAGCCAGGUUUCUACGUAGAAGCAAAUGCACCAGAUAAUGAAUUCUCAUCUAGUCAAUAUACACACAGUACAGGAAAUGAGAUCACCAUAACAGUAUUAGAUGCCAGAUAGAAAAUACCAGUUAAUUCUUCGACGCAACUAGCAAUUCUUUACACCCUUAUUCUUUUGUUCUUUUUAGCAAUGUGGGUAACCUUGCAUAGUGAAAGUGCUCAAGAAGAGUGAGUCAUCUUCUUAUAAUUCAGGUGCUAAAACUGCCAAAUGUGUCUUCCAGUUGCAAAAUGUGUUAUACAGUGCUUCUAUCUCCUGCGCAUUCUGUCAUUCGGUGGAAGAAAAAGAACCUUACCUUGAAAUGACUGAAAUUGGUUCCUAGUCCACUGGCCAUGAGCGAAGUAGAAUUGAUGGGAGAUCGAAAUUUGACUAGUGCAGAAGGAAGCUGGAAGUUAAAAGACCUUUAAGAACUUUGUGUAAAAUUUUGUAAAAAAAAAAAGAACCAGUGAAACUUUGAACCAAGAAUUUCAGAUACUGCAAAGCUAGGGCAAAAUAUCCCUUCAAGAACUUCCAGUAAUUCUCGAGUUGCUAAGGCUAGAGGCGGAGCAGGAUUUCAAUCUUAGGGGUUCGGGAUUCUAAUAAUUUGAAGUUACUGGGUUCUAGAUUAGUAAUUUAUACAUAUUCAAUAAAAAAUUUAAGACAAAUACAGGGUUCGAACCAAAGCUAAUGGGUUUGGUCGAACCUGCUCCCGGCACUCUAGCUCUGCCCCUGCCCAAGGCAUGUCUAGGUUCAAAUGUUAAAAGACGUCGGAGUACAGAUCAUGUCACUUCUUUUUGUAAUAAUAGAUUUUCUUAGUUUAAGUUAAAUGUAAUCCUCAGUAAUAUGAAUUUAGCUCUUCAUUUAGUCGUUGAAUAUGGAUGCAAUGUGUCAUUAACCAGUCUUUCGGACAUAAUUCUUGCUGAAACAAGCAUGUUUUUAACCAGAUCA